CCUUCCACAGCGAUAGUCAGCCCUGAAUCGUCGUCCGUUGAGAGCGUGAGUUUUUGUGUCUGUGAUAGUUAGACCCAGUGCCAAGUGCUCAGGAUGUUAUUCCUAGCGCCGCGCAAACAUCUGUUUGCCACCAACCUGAUCAUCCUGCUGAUGAUCUACGUGAUGCGAAAGUGCCUGCAGCUCUUCUGCAUCAUCGAGAACCGUACUGGCCAUCCGGAGGACGAGGUCCAGUUGCCGGAAAGGGAGAUCAUCCAGAAGCGCCGCGGCGGCUUCAAGAUCAUCCCGGACGCCAUGCACCAGAGCAUGCACGGUUUUGGCUACGGAGAGGGUCACUACCAGAUCUUCGUGGAGAAAAAGGAGCGCAACCUGCCCACCAAAUCUCGCCUCAACGCGGCCACAGCCGAAGUCAAGCUGAAUCCCAAUUAGAUGGUCUUUCGUGACCAAAACAUAUUGACACCUCAGCGUGUUAAAGACAAUGUGCCAAAUGAGCCAGCAAACUAAAUUCCCAAGUCCCCAAAAAUCCCCCUACAUCCAUGUCUUCUUCAAUAGUUUUUAAAUAUUAACAUUUAGCAUGCAAAAAAACUUAUUUUUAUAAACAAAAAUGCAUUC